GUUGAAUAAUAGUUGGUUACAAAACCGGCAGGUGGACCGAGGAGUGGAUAUAUUUGGUAGAGAGAGGAGUUUGUAGGAGAAACAGAAGAUGGAGAACAUGGACCGGACCGUCAGUUUACCGAACCAGCCCGACAAAACCACCACAGUGACGCUGGUUGAGAGCAGCAGCACUCCCAGUGGCCUGGAACUGGUCAGCUCUUACCAGACCAACAGAGUGGGAGACCCCAUGGACCUGGUGGCCCUGGCAGCUCAAGUACAGAAGGGAGAUGAUUUCGUAAAAGCCAACGCGUGCAACAGACUGACGGUCAUCGCGGAUCAGAUCAAGUACCUACAAGAACAGGCCCGAAAGGUUUUAGAAGACGCAAAAAGAGAUGCGGACCUCCACCAUGCUGCCUGUAACAUUGUGAAAAAGCCAGGCACCAUGUAUUACCUCUACGAGCGGCCGUCCGGACAGAAAUACUUCUCCAUCAUCUCUCCUAAGGAAUGGGGCCCAGGCUGCCCUCACCCAUUUGUCGGUGCCUUCAAACUUCAACACGACAUGUCCUGGACCCCCGUAGACCAGGUGGAGAGGCGGGAUGCAGAGAUAGCCAUCAUGGACAAACUUAUCAGCCAGCAGACGGCCUUACCGGCGUACACAGGACCCAACUUCAAAGGCCUCACUGACUGAAGGACUGCAGAAGUUGGACUUAACGGCUCAGUGGGAAUCAGAAAUCCAAACGUGUAUUGAAGCGGCUGAUAUCAACGAUGCAAACAGUGACUUUCUUAUGGUGGCCUAAAUGCAUGAUCAGCUGGUGGAAUGUUUUUUUUUUUUUUUUAAUUCUUAUGAGAACAGUGUUGGAUGUGGCUGAUCAAUAAUCAGCUCAAAGAUGGGAUUUAGUCAUGGAGUCUUAAUUAAAACAAACACAACUAAAUGCUUACAUUUAGUGCUACUCACUAAUUUAUUGUGAAGAGUUCUAAAUAUAUAAAAUGCUCUAUUGUUUGCUAUAUUAUGACAACCGGUUGUUGCCCAGCAGAGAGCUGCAUUAGACAGCAGGCAGCCACUUGUAAAAACAUUGCUCCUUGGCAGUACGUGAAU